AUCGCCGUCGCCUUAAAAUGGAGGGCUCUUGAGCCGCGCGUCCCAACUCACCACACACUACCACCCAUAAACCCGUGAACGGUCACCACUUCGCAUCCCCACCAUGCCGAGACUCGUCCGCAAGGCGCCGCUGAGCGAGCGCAUCAAGACGUACCUCGACCCCUCCGACUGGGCGCUCUGGAUAUCCGAGGAGCUGAGCAGCAGUGAUUGGGAGGAGUUCGCUGCAUCGUACGCCCUCUGGCUCGGCUUUGGCGCCCACGCUGCUUUCAUCGUGGCCCAAGCAAACAGCGGUGCAUCCAACAACUUCGACAACGACGGAGUCUUCAGGGACUCUUCGGGACCUGGAUGGCUCAGCUGGCUGGCGAAUUUGCUGGUACUGAUGCUGUCCGCUGCAAGCUUUACGAACGCAUGGCUAGUGUACAGUAAGAAGAGGCAUUACAGGCUAUUCGAGCAACCAAUCGAGAACACACCCACGACGCCUUCUGCAAAACGCGUCAGGGUCGAUUCCUCGCCGUCUGGAGCGUCACCAUUCGGCUACUUUCGUGACCUCGCCCAGCGCAACUCGGCGGCCGCGCGCGCUCACCCGGAUGCGACACGAGACGUGUGGGAGGUUUCUGUUUGGGACCCCAACCCGCUGUGUCUGGAGCUGUUCUGCCUCUUCAGCCCGUUGCAUGUCGCCCUCUACUACCUUAACUUACCUGUUGCGCCGCUUGAUCCGCGCCCGAGUGUCCGUGUUGUAGCGACUGUGUUCAUUGGUCUGAUCCUGUCCGCCCAGCUCUGGCUCUUACGGUCUUCGUUCACGCAGCAGAUCAAAGACAACAACAUCAUUAGUCGCCAAGUCUUGCACGAGUACGACAGCAAGUACGUUCAUCCGUCGAUGCAUAAGCAAUCUCGCGACGUGGCCAUUCAGACUAUAUCGAAGAAGCGUAAUCGCGACUCGAGCGUAGGCGUCAAGGGCAGCCCUCACGAUCUGGCAAGCGAGGUUCUCACCUACACGCCGCGGACGAUCAUCAAUAAGAAAGUCUUCAAGACCAACCCAAACCCGAACUAUAGAAGCCAGUACGACCCUGAUAAUCUCUCACGGGGUCAGACUCCUUCGCGAAGUGCUAAACGCCCUAUUUUCUCUUCCGCACAUUCCUCGUACACCUCGACUGCCUCUGAUGCCAGAGACGAUGACGCAGAUCUAUCGUCCCCUAUUCGGCCCUCACAGACACCCAACCCAUUCCGCCGCGCCCCUUCGAUUGGUCGCACAGGCGGCGACGGCGGUAGUCUCGGGGUUUUCACGCAUGCCAACUCUCCGCUGCGCAAGUCUGCAAGUGCGAAUUAUCUUCGCGACACAGACGAGAACAACAGACCGCGCGAGCAGCCAAAGCUUAGCUUGAGUGAUCGAUUUGGCAUUGCAAGCAGAUCUUCAACACCGAGGCUGGAAAAGAGCAGCAACCCUACAGGGACUAAAAGAGUAAGUAGUAUUGGUACAAGCUCAGGGAGCCAGACACCGAAUAGGAAGGACGGGAGUCCAUUGAAGAGAGUUCUGCCUAAUGGCGAGGCCAGAGGCAGCGGGUAUGGUAAUCUUGGUGUUGGAAGGAGAGAGAGCGGAAGAUUUUAAUCUUGAAUGUCGCGUGCGCACGAUAUGCUUACUGAUAUGUACAAUAAGGACAGCGGUAAAACAUUCUCAUACGAACUAUAUGACAAAUAAUCAACCUAGCACCUCUGGCCCAGACUCACCAUUGGCUCACCAUUUGCAAUUCCUCUCCUCCAUGACACAAUGUACAACGUGGGCAAAGCGGCCCUUGUCCGACUU